AUGGAUAUGGGUACGUUUAUAAACCAAAGGUGGACUUAUAAGCUCUUGAACAUAAGCGGCUCGGGCCUGUUGACUAUUUCGGAAAUCAUGGAGUCUCCAUGUCAUCUGUUACGAGAGGGAAAGGUAGAGGAUGCCUGUAAAAUAGCCAGAAUCUUAAAAAGACUCUGGGACGGUGUUCUAGAACAUUCGGGCCGUCCCAAGGGAGAAACGUCCAUAAAUCUAAAAGACUGGAUCAAAGGCCAUAACGGUAUGAGCCAGCAGGAUUGGUACCAUAAUGAAGUUAUUCCAGCUUUCUCAGGCGCCAAGUUUGAUAUAAUGGACGAGGACCAUGACAAUCUAAUUAGUCUUGGGAAGUGGCGAGAUCAUUACAAGAGGCUCGGGGUAAAGAACGAGGAGUUUGUCCGCUCUACUUUCGCCAAGAUGGAUACAGACAACGACGGUUUCAUCUCCCGACAGGAAUUUGAUUACGCUAUAAAAAUGUACGUCAAACACGACCCGGACAAUGAUUACUCAUUUCUGUACACCAUUGAGUAG